ACGUAAUUUGUAUUCGCUGUGACAUACCUAGUGAUUGCUUUAGUUUUCAGCGGACUCGUAUAAAGACGUUCGAAAUAAGCAGAAGUAAGUUGAAGUAUUAAAUCUUUAGGCUUAGAAAGAGCCAUUCUGAUUGUUCUAUUUCUCUAUAUCAAAUAAGUGAUAAAAAGGAAGUGAGAGUUAAACGUGGUAUUUCGUCAAAGUAUGAACCGAACGAUCUGAUAACAAACAGUAAAUUGUAGUGAACACUACAAACAGUUAAAUGCCACACAUACAAGUUCCGUUGAUCUGGACAUGGCCCAAGGAAAAUUAAAAGUGAAAGCUAAAGUGCCAUCGACGGUAAAAGGAAAAAGUAAGAACAAAAAGAGUUCUGGUAUUCAAAGACGAAAUAAUGCACCUAUUCAACCUAAAAAGAGGAAAUUUGAAGAAACACAUAAGUUAAAACAAAUAAUUACAAAAACAGUUAACAAAGCAAUGGAAGAUGAAUUGAGAGAAAAAGCUUUGGAAGGAAAAAGAUUACUUACUAGAAAGGAAGCAGUUACGUUGAAAAAGAAAUAAUUUAUGGUAUUAUUUUAAGAUUGAUACUAAAAAAGACUUCUUUAUUUUACUGAAAUAAUAAAUGUAAUAUAAAUAAAGAUUUGUAUUGUAAAAUGAACAAUACAAUGAUACAAAACGAUACAAAGAAUAAAAAUAAAUAAGCAAACCAUUUCAAUAUA